AUGCCAGACCCACAGGUCUCCGUGACGUUUGUCCCUCUCUGGGAUGAUACCCAUCCUUCUCGUGCUCUCACUUUAUUCGACGAUGACGUACCUCUUCCUAUCGGACGUGCCUCGAAACGUGAAGCCAGAAAGCGUUCCCCCGCCGAAGAUAACGGAUGGUUUGACUCUCGAGUGAUGUCCCGCGAUCAUGCUCUUGUGAGCAUAUCGAUCGAAAGUAAGAACGUCUAUAUUCUCGACUGCGGCUCUACUCACGGCACAUACCUCAACGACGAUAAGCUUGUGGCCCAUGUGGAAACUCCGCUAAUGAGCGGGGAUGUUCUCAGGUUUGGGGUCGAUGUUGAUCGUGGUCAAGAAGUUUUCGAGGCCCUCGAAGUUCGCUGCGAAGUUAAAUGGUUACCCCAGGCUGUUGUGGUUGUUGAGACCUCUGACGCCAUCACAAUCCAGCCAGAAAUCACCCAUAAUACCAACACUUUCUCCGUGCCCGAAGACUACAGUGAUAUUGAGCCCGAGGUUGCCACGCUUGAUAGUGACGACUCCAAAGAUUCUAUUGCACGAUAUUGGGACACUGCCAAUCGCCAAGCUGAGGAAAUUUCUCCAGUCUCCUCAGUGAGUGAGCGCCCAAUCGAGGUCACAGAGCCCAUGAAAUCCCACAUUCCCGAUGUUUCUUCAGGCCAGACCGAUCAACCGACGAAGCCCCUUUCACUAGCUGACAUGCCUCAACUCAUUCCGGAAAACCUGCGGGACAGUGCUGCUGCCAUGACCUACGGAGCUGAAUGCUUGAGACAAUCGACGAGUCUGCACCAACAGGUUCCUGCACCGGAUGAGGAAAUCCCCGACUUCCAUAACACCAAAAUGGAGACUUUCCCUCCAUCCUGCUAUCAAAAGCUCGGUGACAAAGAUUUCAGCGAUUGGACCAUGAUGAAGCCACUGUUCAUGCGGCUGGCUGAUAUGGCUUGGGGGGUAUCUGACAAGAUUCCCGACGUGGACCAUGUUAACAAGAUUAUCCACUCGGCGCGCCGCUGUUCCGUUGCCAAAUCAUCCUACAUUGUUGAUGAUUCCCCCGACUUCCAGCCUUGGAAUGGAACCGAGAUUCCUUGGGAAUUCAACGGAGACGAUGAAUCUGACACCACCUAUCAUCGCGUGCCUGGUCCCGCUCUCAGAUAUUGGUUCGUCGACAAGCGCAGAUUCUGGAUUCUCGAUGGAGACGAAGAGAAUGAUCUUCGGAUGAGCGACUGGUGGUGGAUCGUUGAGAAGCCAUGGGAACUUUUGAGUGAAGCAACCAAAGCCGAACUCCGUGCCGAGGGUGAUGUGGACGAUUGUCACAAAUGCUGGAUAGUGAGAGAAUGGAAGCCACAGAUGGUUCGUGGUCAGUACUACGAAGAAACACCUUACUGGGACUCAAACUUCUGCGAGGAACUGCCAUCUGAUGACGAAUCUUUGGACUCGGAUGAGGUGGAGGAUGAAGGAGACUUCAAUAUCGGGGACUUUAAUAUCGGUGGCGAGGACGGAAAUGAGUCUGGCUCUGAUAGUUUCGAUGCUUCUGAUGCCUCGGGUGGCUCAAACGUCUCGCAAGAGGAACACAUGAUCGAAUUCUCUGUUCCGUGGAUGACGCCUUUCGGCCAGGAACUGGAUGAUGAAGACGAUGAAGAUGAUUCAGAGUACGAAUUCGGCGACUCAAAUGACGAGAGUUCAAGCGAAUACGGCGAAGAUGAGGAAGAUGAGUCCGAAUCUGACAAUGAGGUCCAGAACGACACUUGCCCCGAGGAGGCUUACAUUAGGCGACUGACGAAAUUUAUGGAUGUUGCAUCUUCCAUUCCCAACUUCUACCCAGAUAACAACAAUUCGGGAUCGUCUCUGCCAACUCCUACCUCUCCGUGUCCAGUGCGACCAACUGCUACAACUGUCGAUACCAAAGCUACCGAACAAGAAUUGGACCACCCGUCUGGUCUCGGCAAGCUGCUUGAGCAAUCCUGCGUGCCCGAGGAUGCGUCCGCGAUGGAUACAAUGAUCACACCAACUUCACCCGCAAUGAUCAGCCCAGCCGCUCGAUUCCCUACCUGUGCUGUCUCUAAUGAGCUUCCAAGCUCCUGCCAGACCACUCUCUCUCAGGCGCAAUUGAAUGAGUUCAUGCAUCACUCCACACAUGGAUCCUCCGCGAAAUCCUCCUACCCUCUCCUGGCUCCGUGGCACCCAGCUUCAAAGGAAGUGAUGUCCUAUGCUGAUGGUCCAUUCCGUUCUCCCCAGAAGAAUUUGAAGCGGACCGCUGCACAGAUGGAAUCCAGCUCAGAUGAUUUUGAUGGCUUUUCGCAAGAUGCCCAGCACCCACAGCCUCUUGAGUCAUACAGCCAAGAUACCAGUCUCAACACAAUUCCAUCUACUGAGGUUCAAAGUGCUAUUGCCUCCGCUCUCUUGGAGAAUGAGCCUCCGGCAAAGCGAGUCAAGUCCACGCACCGAACACCCUCCAAGAGCCUGGCUAGCCAUGCUGCUACCGCUGUCGUCGGUGCUCUUCUUGGUGGCCUGGGUACUAUUGCCAUGUUGGCUGCUCUCCCUCCUGACUAUUUCCAUUAA